AUGUACAAGGCUCCACUAGCACGAUAUACAGGCAGCCAUGUUAGGGAAUUGACGAUAACAAUCCAAAUGAGCAUUGUAUACUUUGAUCACAUUGGCAAGGGGGGCCAUCUCGGGGAGGGGACAGUCAUAUUGAGCAGUCUAACCACCGCUUGUCAAUAUCUGAUAGAUGGAAUGGCGAGAGAUAACGUUGUUUUCGAUACAGGCCCUGCAAAGCAUCUCCAUACAUCACCAGAUAUAACCACUAUCUACCAAGCUAUGAAGAACCUUGGGGAAGAUCCAUGUAUUCAAGUGACUAUUACACUACUACAUCUACUACUACUCACAACAACAAUGUCAACAGAACUCUCCGAGUUCGUUUUCAAUAUAGGUCCUACAAAAAGGAAAAAGAAUAUAUACACUCUCGAACAAGUCUAUUAUCAAAGCCCGCAAGAAAACAUGCUACUAUUCGACUCGAUCAUCAACAGUCCUUGGAUAUCCCAGAAGCUUAUUAUCCUCUUUCUAAACAACUUCGCUGUAUUCGAGAAAAGAAUAUCUGUGUUAUUGCUUUCAGUACACUUCCCGAAUAAUGAUGAUUCGGAUACAAACAUACAUCCUGCUGCGAGCUUCUUCGAUCAGCAGUACCACCGGAGACUUAACAGGACGCCGGAGCUAUCAAUGCGGGAGACGUUGGAGUCUGUCCAUGAUAUUAUGUUUCAGUCGAUUAAGUAUAUGUCAGAAGGUCAGUGGCCGAAUGAUAAGAAAAUUCUCAUAACUCACCAUGAGGUUUUAGGGAUGUCUAGGCUGGUCGAGUUCUUAUACUGA